UAACGACGAAGAGAGAGAGUAAGAGAGAGGAAGCUAUGGGAGAAGGGUGGAGGGUUGUAGGUGGCGGCACACGGCCGGCUUUGGGGGCUGAAGCGAGAGUAAGAGGAGUCGACAGGGGCUGAGGAGAAAGAGGAGAGAGGCGGGUGCAGCUAGGAGUCGGGCGCCGCAGUGUUUGUCAGUCCUUCGUAUGGACAUCACGUCUAACGCGGCUGAUAGUCGAGCCGCGCGCUCUGGCAUUCGUAUAUACGCGUAAGUUUUGGCGGCAUCUAUCACCCUUGAUCCCAGAACGUGUCGCGCGUCGAAUAUCUCGUCGAUGAUCUAUCCGGACGUGAUUACGCUUUUUCGCCUCUCGCUAGUACCGUUUGACCGUUAGCCGGACCCGGUAACUGAACGAGAUCAACCGGUAUCAACGAUCGAGAUGUGAAAUACUCCGUUAGCCGGUGGAAGCGAUGUGGCUUCCGUUGAUACUGCUCGCCUUGAUGGCGAGCGGUUCCGCGUGCCCGGAUUUGUGCGUGUGUCACCGUAGUGCCGUGCAACCGGACCUGCCAGCUUUUCUACACGUGAAGUGCCGCGGACGUGCGCCCGGAUUAGCGGAAUUACCGGUUACGACGAAGAGCCUGUCGGUGGACGGAGCGGACGAGUACGAAGUGAUCGGUUUGUUCGACGAACUGGAAGUGACCGACUCGCUGAACGAUUUCGAGGUGAUCGGUACGUUGAACGAGUUCGAUGUGAACGAUACGUUGAACAACGGUUCGGAAACUAACACGAUCAGCAUCCUACCCUAUCUCGAUCAGUUGUCGGUGACGAACUGUUCCCUAGUAUCCUUGAACGCGUCGUGGCACGGCUUCGAACGUUUAACAGCACUGAAUCUGUCAUGCAACAAUCUGGCGCGACUGAACGACGCGAUCCCGGGUCGGACGACGAAUACCAGCGAGCUGACGCGGUUCGACCUGUCCGACAACUCGCUGACAGAGCUGAGUGCCGGGGCUUUUAGGACGCUUGCGGGAUUGGUGAAAUUGAGUUUACGUAGAAACGCGAUCACGGUUGUGCACGAGCACGCGUUUCGCGGUUUGGAUCGGUUGGAGUUUCUCGAUCUGGCGGACAACCGGUUGACCGAUCUGCCGGACAGCGCGUUGACGCCGCUCUGUUCGUUGCAAAAGUUGGACCUGAGUGGAAAUCAACUGCAAGUUCUCGGUGCCAGCUGGUUCGAGAGCCUGGACAGAUUGAGGGAGCUCGACGUUUCGAGGAAUGGUUUAGCGCGAGCUGCUUCGGGAACUUUGCAACCGCUACCGGGAUUAUCGGUGCUAAAACUGUCGGAGAAUCCUCUCAAAGAAAGAGACGUCUCGUUGCUGUUGGGUACUGGCAGACGUUUGGAAACUGUGGACGCGUCGCGCACUGGUUUGGCCAGAGUGCCAGCCGCGUUAACGAGAUCCGUGCGAACGCUUCGACUUGCCGGGAAUAAGUUAACCACUAUUCGCGGUGGCGACCUGGACAGCUAUCCUCUGUUACGUACGUUGGACAUCUCGGAGAAUCGACUGAUCGAUAUCGAGGACGACGCGCUUGGACGUUUAGAAGUCCUCGAGGAAUUGGACAUCUCUGGUAACGCUCUGAUCAAGGUACCCGGCAGUCUACCGAACAGUCUAACGAAUUUGAAACUCCAUCGAAACGCGAUAAGAUCGUUGAAGAUCGACGAUCUGCAAGGACUGUACAAUCUGAAAUGCUUGACGUUAAACGAUAACGAUAUCACCGAAAUCGAGGAAGGAGCUCUUGGUCAAUUACCAGUUCUCCAACAGCUUGAUCUGUCCGAUAAUCCUAUUAAAACGUUACCAGCUAAUACUCUAAGUGGACCAAGUAACCUGGCCAAGCUUCGUAUGUCGGGAUUAAGCUCGCUUCAGCGAAAGCAAGAGGAACAAAGCGACAUGGCGUUUCCGGUACCUACACCGGAAAGGCUGAUAUACCUGGACGUAUCGAGAAGUCCUGUGUUGGCCAGACAGCUUUUAGCGGACGACGCCGCGCUGUCCGCCUGCAAAAGCUUGAUCGAACUGAACUUGUCCAAGACUAACCUGACCGGUCUGAGAUUCGAUCUGUCUUACAUGCUUCCACAAUUACGUACCCUGGAUCUGAGCGGAAACGAGUGGGACUGCAGCGAGGAUCUAUACUGGCUCGGCGAGUGGUUACGACAGUACUCGGGACUGAAUAAAGACACGGAACCGGGCGAGUGCGCUAGUCCGCAGGAACUGUCAGGCUUGUUUCUACGGGAAUUACCGUCACCACCGAGUCCCCUUCCAACAACGUUGCCAACCCCGAUAUCUUCCGUUUCGGUAACACCGUCUGCCCUAUUUUCGACGGAACGUUCAUCCGAUUCCAUUACAGCAAACGUGUCUUCCAACGUCACCGAUAUCAAUGCAUCGAACACAACUGACAGAACCGUUAAUGAAUCUAUUAGCACGAACGUUUCGAAGCAAUCCGCGUCUACAGGCCCGGCCCGUGAAAUCGAUAGUUCCCGUAAUGUCACCGGCAAUCCGUUGAAUAUCAGAGAGAGAACUAUCUCCACGUUGCUCGACGAUGGUACUCGACUCUACGAGGCGCCAACCUCGUUCAGGAACUUCACGACCGCGACAGAGGAACCGAAAGCACGAAAUUUCAGCAAUAAAGCAACGACGCUUGACGAUGCUUCAACGAAGACUAAACAUUCGAUGAAAAACCUAACGGCGAAGAACGAUUCGGAUUCGCGAACUUUUGAUAAUCGCGUGGAGGAUGUUGAACGCGCGGAGAACGGGAAGAGACGGAACAAACUCGUUGUUUCGACGAGUAAGAUUGCUUCUAUGAAGAAGCUGUCGAAACACGCGUCGCUGCGGGAGGGAAGGGAAGAGAAAAAGACGACCGAGAGAUACUCGAACAGACUGAAAGAUCUGAUAAAAGAGGAGAAGUUGGUAUCAGGGAAUGCUGGAGAUUCGAACACGAUAGCGGAGGAAUUGAAUAGUCGCGCGACCGAUUCGGACGCCCGAGUCUCCGAGGCUUUAUCCGCCGGUGCUCAUCCAGGGAUGUUGGUGCUUGUGGGCGCCGCAUUCGGUGCCGCGGCCGCCCUCACUGUAGUGCUGUCCCGACGAGCCACGGUACGCCGGAGGGAUAAGUAUCAUCGUCACGAGAACAUUGAAGUGCACACGCUCACUCCGACCGCCGAACUUUGGUGACCACAGCCUGAAUACGCUCGAUUGUUCGAGAGAGAUAAGCGGUUCGACGCGGAGGAUCACGGGAAACGUGCCGAAAUUUUGUCAGUAUUAUCUCAACGACUGUUCAGCCCGCGACUAACGGACGUAUACUUCAGGGAGACGCCAAAGUAGCAUCCUAGAGGCUGCAUCCCGAAAGCGAUCGCGGUAACGAUCGAAUCGUCGUGUUUCGAGUUUAACCGCGUAUCGUUCUUGUAAGCUUCGCGAUACGUACCGGGAUAUCAUUUCACGGUCAACGAAUCAAAAUAAUCGCCAAAGUUAUUCGUCGCGUGAAAACGCCAAGGUACGUCCUUUUGCAGACUUAUCUGUGAGGUUCGUCAACGGUGCUGUACGAAUUUGUCCGGGGCGAACGCGGGCAAACUUGAGAAAAAAUGUACAAACCCCGAACGGAGAAGCUGAAGUAGUUUCCCGCAUAACCAUCAGACUCGACUUUGUCCGUCGGGAAAUACCGGACACGCGAGAAACUUGAGCGAAGCAAGGUGUUGGGUGAAAUCCCAUGGAGUGUCUGGUCUUUCCUUGUGAAAAUCUCGACUGAGCGAUAAACUUUAACCACGUCUAAAACUUGGUUGGAUGGUAAAGAAGAAGAAGAAAAAAAAAAUAAGUGUGUUUCAUCGAGGGAACUAAUUAAUCGAGGAUCGUUUAUCCGAGACAUAUUCGAAAGAGAGGAGAGACGUAAAGCGUACAGGUGGCAAUAAUUAAAUCGGCAGUCUCUGGCGACUGCAUUUGAUCUCAGGCGAUCGGAACGUUAAAUAGCACACAGUGACAAUAAUAAUUGUAAACGUGCCGCGUUUCUGGACUGGGCUACUUUUUCGUCGUAUGUUCAAGGACGCUUCCGGUGGCUGGACAGGAAGCGCGGCUCGAGGUACGACGAAAAUGCAUACGGUGAGAAAGGGCGGCGUGGAGUAGGACUGGUCGGAAAAUGGAAGAAACCGGAGGAACAGAGGGGACGUGUUUGGCACGAAAUUCGUGGCGGCGAAUCGUACGUUUGAAUGACAGUGCAAGACGGGAAGCGAGAGCGAUUGCUGGCCGGAAGAACUUUUAUCGAGCGUUGCUGAGAUCGAGUGAGAGAAGAAAGCGCGAAUGCACGAAGGUAUAAGCGAAUCAGAGUGUGAAGAAAGUAUUAGAAACGUACCAGAAGUUAGAAUGAGAGAGUGUAUGGGUAUGUGUGUGUGUGUACGUGUAUGUGAGGAUAUAGAAGCGCGAGAGAGCGUAUGAGAGAGAAACGAUCGCGAGGUGGAAACCGCUCUCAAUAGCGGCUACACCGAGUGUACAGAAACGUAGCUUCCGAACUUAAUUCUGGCGGCUUGGCCAGUUGCCAGGCUCCUUAACAAACAGAUAAAAAAAAAAAAGAAAAAUCGAGGAUAAGAGUGAAAGAAAACAGAUAAGAAAUAACGAAGAGGCUAGACAUUAUCUUUCUUAAAAUAACCAGUGUCAAAGUACCGCUAUGAUAAUAAACCGAUGUACAAAGA